UACUAUAUCACCACUACGCACUAUCGAACGAAUACUAUGCGCAUGAGCGCGAACGGGUUCAGCAUAGUUCGAUCAUUCUCUUUAUGAUAGGCACCUCUGCCAGGCCAUCAACGCUCGUUGAAGGAGGGGGCUACUACAACACGAAUGAAUGCCUGAAGUACAAGGAUAUUGAGAUAUUUAAGGUUAGGAAUCCGGAGCUUCCCUCUCAAUAAGUGUUUAUUAUGAGAGUCAGGCUCCGGCUUCUCAAAGGCAAAAGGGACAAGGGCCUGCCGAUUAAGGUGGUGUUUUGUGAGCGAGAUGAUAAUCUCGCAUUUUGCGCCAUUCCGCAAGUUUUAAGCCUCGCCUUUGCAGAUAACGCAUUCGAAAGCGACUGGAUCAAGCGGCCUAAGGACUUGUAUACGUUUUCAGUCCCAUUUCACCUGCAAAGUGUGCAGCUACAUUGGAAAGAGUCAAUGCAGGACAUUCCGAUUUUCCGACGAUCUGUUGCUCGCGGCGGGGAGGUGACCAUAUCACCAGAUAGGUCGAUUCAAUAUAUGACUCUCUAUUACCAGAAUGCGCGACUUGGUAAAUCUGCUGGCCUUGCGGAUACUCUGGGGCUAUACAGCUAUCGUAGAGGCGCCGGUGAAUCGAUUGAUUAUAAGUGCACAAUUUCACUUCUGUGUACAUUCCCACGCCGGCAGUUCUCUUGUAUCUUUUUCCUUUCUUUCUUGCCCUUAUUAUGGCUUCUCUCGCUGAUAUCAUUUCCAGGCGUAGCGGGUUCAGAUAUGCGGAGCUUUGUCAUGGGCCAUGCUCGUGCAAGUCUCUUUAAGCGAUAUUACCGCAAUAGCGUUGUCCAGUUCGACUCGGUAUCCGCAUUCCUCGAAGUGCCUUCUAAAGAUGCGCUUAUCAAACUGGCUGGGCAUAUGAGCUUGACCCGAGAUCCCUCCGCGGCCGAUUCGAUAAAAGUCGAGAACUCAGCAAUUGACUGCGACCCUGGUAUCCAACAAAUCCAAAAGUUGUGCCUUCAGCUUCGGAAAAAUCUAACUAAAACUUUCGGAAAGAUCAAGAACGGAACAGGGACAGAGCUCUACGAGAAGUACCAGAGCGAGCAAAGACAUUUACGCAGCGAGAGGAUGAGGCUGAAGCGGGAACUUGAGGAAGAAGCCAGGCGACAGUAUUUUAGGAUAGCGGGGACUAGGUACAUUGAUAAACAGCGACGCGGCAUCGCUCGUGAGUAUAUAGAGCCUAAACCUAUAUCCCAAUUCGAGGAAAGGGAGAGACUGGCAGUGCUCCUCUUCCAGAACCGAGAUAUUAGGGAAGUGUCUAAGGAAGAGCUAUAUACACAACGCAUAGCAGCGAUAGACAACCUGAUUAACCUAUGCGGUCGGCAUAUGCCCCGCCCUGCGCCGCGUCGUCAUCUCUCGUUGCGAGACAAGUCUCUAGAAGAGGUCCCUGAGGAGAAGGACAUAGACACCGACCUCUUCCCCUUGGUGUGUCCGGGCACGCAAUGCCUGUUCUGUCUCGGUAAUUAAGGACUAGGCCCGCAGUCCAGAACAUUCGCGUUUUCUCGAAAGGAUAUUCUAAAGGACCACGUUAAGAAGCAUCUGCGCCACCACGAUUGGUCGAAAGAGCCGGAAUGUCCUUACCCGCUCUGCGAGGAGGUGUUA